AAGGCGGGGGCCGCGGUACUGAUCGCCGGAGCCCUCCUGCUCCUGGCCGGGGCUAUCGGCGCCUUCUACUUCUGGAAAGCCACCGAGCGGCAGGUGUACAAUGUUCACUAUACUAUGAGCAUUAAUGGAAAAGUGCAAGACGGAUCGAUGGAAAUAGAUGCUGGAAACAACCUAGAGACAUUCAAAACAGGAAGCGGAAGUGAAGAGGCUGUUGAAGUUCAUGAUUUUCAGAUUGGCGUAACUGGAAUACGUUUUGCUGAAGGAGAAAAGUGUUACAUCAAAGCUCAGCCAAAAGCUCACGUCCCCAAAGUUGAUGCUAUGACUAAAGCAAGCCUCUCAUCUGAGCUGGAAGAUGAAAUCAUGCCUGUGAGAUUUGACGAAAACUCCCUUAUCUGGGUGGCUGCAGAUGAGCCUAUCAAGCAUAACAGUUUCCUAAGCCCCAAAAUUUUAGAGCUUUGCGGGGAUCUUCCAAUUUUCUGGCUUCGACCAACGUAUCCCAAAGAUAACCAAAGGAGAGAAAUGAAGAGAAACAAACGCCAAUCAGAAUCAAACUUUGAUACGGAAGACUUGGAAGCUGCUACUGAAGAAGUAAAUACCAGGUUGCACACCGCACAGCUGACUCAAGAGCUUGAUCGCCAAUCUAAUGAAACCAGGCCAAUGGGACAAGAAACUGAUCAAACACUUAAUCCGGACAACCCAUAUAAUCAACUGGAAGGUGAAGGGAUGGCUUUUGACCCCAUGCUGGAUCACCUAGGCGUGUGCUGCAUUGAAUGCAGACGAAGUUACACACAGUGCCAGAGAAUUUGCGAGCCUCUCAUGGGCUACUACCCAUGGCCUUACAACUACCAAGGCUGUCGUACCGCUUGCCGAAUCAUCAUGCCCUGCAGCUGGUGGGUGGCUCGUAUCAUGGGUGUUGUGUGAGAAAAAGCAAUCAGAGCCUU